AUGCCCUAUGGUCCCUAUGGCCUGGCCUUCUGGGAUGCCACAGACAUCACAGCACCAUCAGGUCAUCAACACUGCAGCAUCAAAUCACCGUUAACAUCACGUCACCACACGUCACCAUCACGUCACCACACGUCACCAUCACGUCACCACACGUCAUCAUCACGUCACCAUCACGUCACCACACGUCAUCAUCACGUCACCAUCACGUCACCACACGUCAUCAUCACGUCACCACACGUCAUCAUCACGUCACCACACGUCAUCAUCACGUCACCACACGUCUUCAUCACGUCACCACACGUCAUCAUCACGUCACCAUCACGUCACCACACGUCAUCAUCACGUCACCAUCAUGUCAUCAUCACGUCACCACACGUCAUCAUCACGUCAUCAUCGCAGCACCAUCUGGUCAUCAUCACGUCAUCAUCACGUCACCAUCACGUCAUCAUCAGGUCAUCAUCGCAGCACCAUCUGGUCAUCAUCACGUUAUCAUCACGUCACCAUCACGUCAUCAUUGCAGCACCAUCUGGUCAUCAUCACGUCACCAUCACGUCAUCAUCACGUCACCAUCACGUCAUCAUCACGUCAUCAUCGCAGCACCAUCUGGUCAUCAUCACGUUAUCAUCACGUCACCAUCACGUCAUCAUCACGUCAUCAUCGCAGCACCAUCUGGUCAUCAUCACGUCAUCAUCACGUCACCAUCACGUCAUCAUCACGUCAUCAUCGCAGCACCAUCUGGUCAUCAUCACGUCAUCAUCGCAGCACCAUCUGGUCAUCAUCACGUCACCACACGUCAUCAUCACGUCAUCAUCACGUUAUCAUCACGUCACCAUCAUGUCAUCAUCACGUCAUCAUCGCAGCACCAUCUUGUCAUCAUCACGUUAUCAUCAUGUCACCAUCAUGUGA